GUGAUUUGCAUACCUCCUGCUUGGAAGGGCCGGAUUAUAACAGGAUGGGGCCAGGGGGAAUUCAUCGGCUGCCUGCUGAGUUUCUUUGUAUUUUGAAACCUCUUCAAAUGCCAGUGUGCUCUAUACCCGUGAGACUCGCAGGAUGAGAACAAGACAGAGGAACAUGAAAAUUUCAGAGUAUGCCUCUUGGCAUUGACCAAAGUCACAAGGCUCAACUGAGAAUGAAGCUAGCAAAACGUCUGAUUCUUCCAGCUGAAGGGUGCAACAAUGAAUAUCUGGUCACUAAAGACAACUGGCAAUGAAAUGGGUGUGUGAAAGAGGAGGAAACCAGAUAUUAUGUUACUUAAAAGUCAUUCAUCAUGUCACAGGAAGGCAGCAAUCUGAACUCCUGAAAUAAAUAAUCGCUGAAGGUGAUCUCUCUACACAAAGAAAUUGCUUGAAGCUCGUCAAACAAUUCAGCUCCUGUGUGUGGGACUGAGUGUGAGGACAGCGCUACAAGGAUGCCAGCAGAGGUAGGACUGCCUGUCCUUAGAUCUGGUUGCAACCCAUCAGGGUCCUGUAGAAGAAAAAGAGAGAAUGCAGUAUGUGAAUAAGGAAGAGGUGGAAGAUAAUACUGACGCAAACAUGGAAGGGGCUCUGAUAGCCCGGGACAGAGUUGGGGUGCAGGACUUUGUGCUUCUGGACUCCCACACCAGUGAGACCUCUUUCCUGAACAAUCUUCGCAAGCGAUACCAAGAGAACCUCAUCUAUACAUACAUUGGUACUCUUCUUGUAUCUGUCAACCCUUACAAAGAGCUGGAUAUCUACACAGUGACACAGAUGCAGCUUUAUCGAGGGGUGAACUUUUUUGAACUGCCACCACAUCUAUAUGCCAUAGCUGACAAUGCCUACCGGGUGAUGUGCAGCGAAUACAACAACCAUUUCAUCCUCAUCUCUGGGGAGAGUGGAGCUGGAAAGACAGAGGCUUCCAAGAAGAUUUUGCAAUACUAUGCAGUAACCUGUCCAACUACAGAGCAGCUGCAGAUCGUCCGUGAUCGUCUGCUACUGUCCAAUCCUGUUCUGGAGGCUUUUGGAAACGCAAAAACUCUGCGUAAUGACAACUCAAGUAGAUUUGGGAAAUACAUGGAUAUCCAAUUUGAUUUUAAGGGAGCUCCAGUAGGAGGGCACAUCCUCAGCUACCUGAUUGAGAAAUCCCGAGUUGUCCAUCAAAACCACGGAGAGAGGAAUUUCCAUAUUUUCUACCAGUUAUUAGAGGGUGGAGACAAGGAUCUUCUUUGUUGGCUUGGGCUGGAGCGCAACCCCCAGAAGUACGCUUAUCUCAUACAGGGUCGAUGUGCCAAAGUGUUUUCUAUCAAUGACAAGAAUGACUGGAAAAUAGUCCGCAAAGCUUUUUCUAUCAUUGACUUUACUGAGAAAGAUUUAGAGCAUCUCUUUGGAAUUGUUGCUAGUGUCCUGCACCUUGGGAACAUUCAGUUUGAAGAAGAUAGCAACGGACAUGCCAUCAUUCGCAAUGGCGCUCAGAUCAAAUGGAUUUCAAAGCUGCUAGGUGUCCACUUGUCCAUUCUGCAAGAAGCCCUCACCCAUCGGAAGAUCGAAGCCCGAUCCGAAGAGGUCCUAAGCCCAUUGAAUGUGGAUCUGGCAUUCUAUGCUCGGGAUGCAGUUGCAAAGGCAAUUUAUGGACGGACUUUCACUUGGCUGGUCAACAAAAUUAAUGGCUCUCUAGCCAACAAGGAUUCAACUCGGAAAACAGUUAUUGGCCUGCUGGAUAUCUAUGGUUUUGAAGUGCUGGACACAAACAGCUUUGAGCAGUUCUGCAUUAAUUACUGCAAUGAGAAACUCCAGCAGCUGUUGAUUGAGAUGACCUUGAAAGCAGAGCAGGAAGAGUAUGAACUGGAAGGAAUAGAGUGGGAACCAAUUCCAUAUUUUAACAAUAAGAUCAUCUGUGACUUGGUUGAGCAGAAGCAUAAAGGAAUAAUCUCCAUCCUGGAUGAAGAAUGCUUACGACCUGGUGAAGCAACUGAUUUGAGCUUCUUGGAAAAGCUGGAAGAGAAAGUAGGAGACCAUGCCCACUUUGUGACUCGCAAGCUUGCAGAUCAGAAAACACGAAAAUCAAUCGAUUGGGUGGAUUUCCGCCUCCUCCAUUAUGCAGGAGAAGUCACGUACUGUGCUGUUGGAUUUCUGGAAAAGAACAAUGAUCUGCUAUAUAGAAACCUGAAAGAGGUGCUGUGCAACUCUAAAAAUGGAAUCAUUAGGGACUGCUUUUUACUGUCAGAACUAGACAACAGGAGGCGGCCAGAGACUGUUGCAACCCAGUUCAAAAACAGUCUGAUGAGUCUAAUAGAAAUCUUGAUGUCCAAGGAGCCUUCUUACGUGCGCUGUAUUAAACCAAAUGAGAACAAGGAGCCUGGGAAGUUUGAUGAUUUCCUGAUCCGACAUCAGGUGAAAUACCUGGGACUGAUGGAGCACUUGCGGGUGAGACGAGCUGGCUUUGCAUAUCGGAGGAAGUACGAACUCUUCUUGCAAAGGUAUAAAUCCUUGUGUCCAGCUACCUGGCCACACUGGCACGGGCCAGCAGCUGAGGGUGUGGAGAGGCUCAUCAAGCAUAUUGGUUAUAAGCCUGAGGAAUACAAGUUAGGGAGAACCAAAAUAUUCAUUCGUUUCCCAAAGACUCUGUUUGCUACUGAAGAUGCAUUUGAAUUCAGAAAGCACCUCCUAGUUUCAAGACUACAAGCCAAAUACAAAGGAUGCCUUGGGAAGAGGGAGUACCAGAAGAAGAGAGAAGCAGCUAUCAAGCUGGAGGCUUGCUGGCGUGGAGCACUGGCACGGAAGGAGGCCAAGAAGAGGACAUGGGCUGUUCAGAUAAUCAGGAAAUUCAUAAAUGGCUUCAUCAAUCGGAAGAAGCCUCUUUGCCCAGAGAACAUUGAAUUUGUGCGGCUUGUGCAGUACAACUACUUCAUGAAGCUCAGAGACCAUGUUCCAAAAAAUGUGUUGGACAAGAGCUGGCUCCGACCUCCUUCUAUCCUGGAAGAGACAUCUGAGAUGCUAAAGAAAAUCUGCAUUAGGAACCUAGUAAGAAAAUACUGCAGAGGUGUCACUGCUGAGAGGAAAGUGCAGUUACAGCAAAAAGUUGUAGCAAGUGCCGUUUUCAGAGGGAAGAAGGAAGGCUACCCGCAGAGCAUAAACCAGCCUUUUGCAGAUACUCGACUGAAAGAGAAUGAUAUAAACCCCAAAGUACUGCAGCUCAUCCAAGGUGAGAAGAUCAAGUAUGCAACCCCCGUGGUGAAGUACGACAGGAACGGGUUCAAAGCACGAGAGCGGCUGCUUGUUCUGACCCAGUCCUCGGCAUAUGUGGUGGAGAUGGCAAAGAUCAAGCAGAAAAUAGACUACGCCACUUUGAAAGGUAUUUCUACCAGUAACCUGAGCGAUGGGAUUGUAGUCAUUCACGUUCCUGAGGACAACAAACAGAAGGGAGAUGUGAUCCUUCACUGUGAGCAUAUCUUUGAGGUAGUCAGUAAACUCUGCAUGCUGGCCAAUAAGCAACAUCUGGUGAAAGUUGUGCAGGGAAGUCUUCGUUUUCGCAUUGGCUCUGGGAAGGAAGGAACAAUGGUGUUUACCGUUGGGCAGGAGUCACAGAUCUUUAAGGCCAAAAAUGGACAACUGACAGUGGUGUCAACCCAAGCAAAGUCUUGAUGAGAAGCAGUUCCUGUUUCUGGUCCCUGUCAUGGCUAGGAACGGGAAGGAGCCUGCAGGAUGAGACCAGCACCCGCAUCACCCCUGAAAUCUUUGAUGCCAUAGGGCUGCUGUGCUUUGAGAGUUUGCUUGUGUCCGUUAGGCACCUUUUUAUAGCUUAAAACUAUUCAGUUUUAUCAAAACUCCUUACCUUGCUGUAACAUUCCAGGAAGCAUCGACGCUUGUCCCCUGCUGUCACAGGGAGAUGUUUAAACAAAAAGUUGCAACUCCACUUGUAAAAUGUCAAUCUCUGCACCACGUCUAGCCGAAGGGCGAGAGCUCUGACCAGUCAGGAAGGAUUCAGAUAGAACAGGAGCUUUCUCCAAGCUGUAUUUAAGUCACUGUACUAAUCACAAGAACAAGGUGAAAUGGAGAUGAAUGAAGUUGUUUCUCCCGAGCAGCAGGCAGAGCUGUCUGAACGUAGCAAUAAGGCUGGCACUCAACUUUCUGAGGUGAUGCAGCAUCAGGAUAUCUCAGUAAGCUGCUCUGUCUGCUCUGAUGGGGGAGUAGGAGACUGUUCCUGUCCCUGCAGGCAGCUGUGCACAAUGCAGUGAGCCUCUAGGAGUGGCAACGUGACAGAUGAGCACAGUUCUUCCCUUUUAAGAGGGACGUGCUGCCUUGGUGUAACUCAGUUCAGAAGAAAAGAGUCUCCUGCUGGUUAAGAACCUUUGUAUCUAUCAGUGCUGAGGUUCUGCUCCCUCCUGAGAGGGGGGUAGGCAGCACUGUUCCCCCAAGGUGUGCAUUGUG